AACUGGUUCGACUCAACGGACAACUCCUCAACCGGUAGACAAGGUGUCCACGCCCUAUUUGUUGAUUUCCGGAAGGCGUUUGACUUGGUCGACCAUAAGAUCCUUCUGGACAAGCUUGCUGAUAUGAAUGUAACAAGGAGUUUCUGGUUAUGGAUAAUGAGUUUUCUGGAUGGAAGAACACAACAGGUAAAUCUCCAAGGUGUACUAUCCUUUACUGCAUCAUGCCCAGCCGGCGUCCCUCAGGGAACUGCUAUCUCGCCGACCCUAUUCAACAUACAUAUUAACGAUAUGGAGGAAAAUGUUUCUGAACAGGCAUGUGUCAACACAAUCAAAUAUGCGGACGAUUGCACCAUGGAUACGUCCAUAAGAUUAGGAGAAUCUAGCGAUUUGCAAAGCGCUCUGGACUCAGUACAAAGUUGGGCUGUGGAAAAUAAAAUGGAACUGAAUGCCAAAAAGACAAAAGAUAUGUGGAUUAACUUCACCGAAGCACCGCCCCCUCUACCACUGCAUAUAGGAGAUGCUAUCAUAGAAAGAGUCGAUAAUUUUAAACUCUUGGGAACCUGGUUUCAAAAGGACCUGAAAUGGAAUAAACAUGUCGAGGAGACCACCCGCAAAGCAGCUAAAAACCUGUACUGCCUACGAGAAUGUAGAAGAGCGAAUCUACCAGUCGAAGUGGAUCUCACCACUUAUUUAACUAAAAUCAGGCCUAUCCUUGAAUAUUGUUCUCCAGUGUGGGGUGGUCUGCCACGAUAUCUAAAGGACGAAUUGGAACGUGUGCAAAGGAGGAGUCUACGAAUUAUUGGCCUCCCGCAUGGUUACCUGCCAACUCUCGAAGAGAGAAGAAUUGAAGCCACAUCGAGGGAACUCGUUAACAUCUUAGGUGAUCCAAGUCAUAUCUUUUAUCAACGAACUAUGGAACAUAAUAAACAUAACUAUAAUCUUAGGCGUAGAGACGGUAUAUUUAAAUACGCACCUUUCUCAGGCACUGAACGACACAGAAAUAGUUUUGUCCCACGAGCAAUGAGACAGGGGUUGCACUAA